ACCCUCUGAGCACUGCACUUUCUCCUCUCCAGCUGAAGCAGAAAGACAGCAUCAUUUGCCUUCAUCACCACAGAAGAUGUUGUCCUUUGUGAGGUCUACUGGUGGGGGAGCCUACCGGAGCAGCAGCAGCAGGUCCCUGGCUGGGGUCGGCGGAAGCCCUCAACUCAGAAUGUCCACUGCUGCAUCCACCAUGUCCAUGUAUGGCAGCAGCGGCGGUGGUGGAGGAGGUGGUGGAGCUGGCUAUGGCUUCAGCUUCAGUAGUGGAGCAGGCGGUGGUGGCGGUGGUGGCGGUGGCGCUGGCUUCGGGUUCGGUGGUGGUGCCGGUGAUGGCAUAGACAUCUCUGCCAAUGAGAAAGCCACCAUGCAGAACCUGAAUGACCGCCUGGCCGCCUACCUGGAGAAGGUGCGCAAGCUGGAGGCGGCCAACGCCGAGCUGGAGAAGAAGAUCAGGGAGUUCCUGGAGAAGAAGACCUCCCCCUCUGCCAAAGACUACAGCCACUACUUCAAAACCAUCGCAGAGCUGCAGGGAAAGAUCCAGGAUGCUACCAAAAUCAACGGCGGCAUCUACCUCUCCAUCGACAACGCCAAGCUGGCCGCCGACGACUUCAGGCUGAAGUAUGAGAACGAGCUGGCCAUGCGUCAGUCGGUGGAAGCCGACAUCGCCGGGCUCAGGAGAGUCCUGGAUGAGCUGACUCUGUCCAGGACUGAUCUCGAGAUGCAGAUCGAGGGCCUGAAGGAGGAGCUGAUCUUCCUCAAGAAAAACCAUGAGGAGGAGCUGCUGGCCAUGAGGAAUCAGAUGAGUGGUCAGGUGCAUGUGGAGGUGGACGCUGCUCCUCAGGAGGACCUCAGUAAGGUCAUGGAGGACAUGAGAGAGCACUACGAGGGUCUCGCUGCCAAACAACGCAAAGAACUGGACGCUUGGUUCCAGGCCAAGUCAGAAGCACUCAAUAAAGAAGUCGCGGCCAGCACAGAAAGCAUCCAGACGUCCAAAUCAGAGAUCACGGAUCUCAAACGGUUGCUGCAGAGCCUGCAGAUCGAGCUGCAGUCACAGCUCAGCAUGAAAGCCGGGCUGGAGGGCACGCUGGCUGAGACGCAGAACCGGUACGCCAUGUUGCUGUCAGGUUACCAGAACCAGGUGCUCCUGCUGGAGGAGCAGCUGCUGCAGCUGAAGUCCGACCUGGAGCGGCAGUCCCACGAGUACCAGAUGCUGCUGGACAUCAAGACCAGGCUGGAGAUGGAGAUUGCCGAGUACAGGAGGCUGCUCGAUGGAGAGGGCGGCAGCAGCAAAACCAUCUCCACCACCUCCUCCAGCACCUCCUCCUCCUCUGCCUCCACCAAAACCUCCACCACCACCAAAAAACAAAUCGUCAUCGUAGAGGAGGUCGUGGACGGAAAGGUGGUGAGCUCCCACAAAGAGGAGGUCACCCUGUGAGUUCCAGCAGGGGGCGCUCUUGCAGAUAUAAAUUCAUAAAUAAAAACCUGCAGAGGUGCUUCAAAAUAAAAA